GCGGUGGAAGUGUAUUGGAGAGGCAGGGCAACAAGCAGCAGGGCCCUCCCACUUCGGCUCUGCACUUAAACGCACUCGCACGCCAGGAAUGGAUAACGGCUGCCUCCAAACAUGGCAAUGCGACACUAUACUCUCGACUUCAACCUCUCGACGGCAGUUGACUCUGCAUCAACGGUCCCAGGCCUGCUGUCCAUAUUCCACGAGCAGGAAAUGACAGAGACUGUACAUGACUCAGAUGGGCGUGGAUACCUCGCCACAUUUGUUGGAAAGAACGGCAGGCUUGUUAUUCUGCGGGUGCACUUCCAUGGGUUGCUCACUAUUGACCUGCAGUGUUAUGAAGGGGAUAACAUUGCUCAAAUAGACAACCUUUUAAAUAUACUGGAGAAGAAACUAAAGGUACUCUUAAGUGGCAAGAUAACGCGCAUUAAGAGACUGCCGCCACUCCUCCGAGGGGCAAAAGUGGACCGCUACUGGCCCACCACUGAUGGAAGGCUGACAGAGUAUGACAUAGACUGCGUGUUGUACGACGAAGACUCGCCAUACCAAAAUAUUAAAAUAUUGCACUCACAGCAGUUUGGGAACAUGCUGGUCCUCAACGGAGAUAUCAACCUGGCUGAGAGCGACUUGCCCUACACGGAAGCUAUUAUGGGCAGCGGAAAGGAGGACUACGCUGACAAGGAGGUGCUGAUUUUAGGAGGAGGUGACGGAGGGAUCCUCGCUCAGGCUGUCAAACUAAAGCCAAAGAUGAUCACCAUGGUGGAGAUUGAUCAGAAGGUGAUUGACGGGUGCAAAAAGUACAUGAGGAAGACGUGUGGCAAUGUGCUGGACAACCUGAAGGGAGACCGUUACCAAAUUCUAGUGGAAGACUGUGUACCUGUGCUCAAGAAGUACGUCCAAGAGGAAAGACGGUUUGACUACAUCAUUAACGAUCUCACUGCAGUCCCAAUAUCCACAGAACCAGAAGAAGACUCAACAUGGGAGUUCCUUCGUCUCAUUAUGGAUCUGUCGAUAAAAAUUCUGCAUCCUAAGGGGAAAUAUUUCACCCAGGGCAACAGUGCAAAUCUGACAGAGGCUCUGAGUCAGUAUGAGGAGCAGCUGGGAAGACUCUCCUGUCCUGUGGAGUUCUCCAAAAAAGUGGUUUGCGUGCCCUCCUACAUGGAGCUCUGGGUUUUCUACACUGUGUGGAAGAAGUGACAACUUUCUCUUUUUUUUUUUUCUCCCCUUUUUCUCCUUUCCCCUUCAGCUGCUGGAAUGUGAACAGGCUUUCUUCUCUGCUGUAUAGCUCUCUAGGUAUGUUCGGACUGAGCAUGAACACGCUUACUGUAAAGACGUAUUAUGGAACACUCAAUGAAAAGUCAUCAUAGUUCCAAAUCUUCAACACGCACAUUGUGAUUAUGCUCAGUCAGUUUAUACUGCAGUUGCAUCAUGCCGCUCAAACACACCAGUGUUUUGCUGAUGCAGCUUACUUCCCCUUCUUUACACAUUUCUCCUUUUACUUUUAUAGUUGGGUUUUAAGUAUUUUUUUGCUAAAAGCCAAUGAGCUUUUUUUUAUUUUUUUUUUUAAAUAAAUUUUAUUUUAUUUUUUUAUAAACCUUACUUGGGGCGGCACGGUGGACGACUGGUUAGCACAUCGGCCUCGCAGUUCUGAGGACCGGGGUAGAUUAAUUGAAGACUCUAAAUUGCCCGUAGGUGUGAGUGCGAAUGGUUGUUUGUUUACAUGUGCCCUGCGAUUGGCUGGCGACCAGUUCGGCCUCUCGCCCGAAAAUAGACUCCAGUAGGCCCACGACCCUAGUAAGGAUAAGCGGAACGGAAGAUGAAUGAAUGAUAGAAUAAACCUUGGAAGACUCAUUAAUAUUAAUAAGUAUGCACUCUUCUAAACGCUCUCUUUGGAGGUUUAAACUGUGAGCUGAUACACUGACAAUGUGACAAUGUUACUGAUAGAACAGCUGCACAGUUGCUUGUUUUAUUGUUUGUUGCUUUGUCCACUUAUGGGGUUAAGAUAUUAACUGAAUUACUUUUAAGCUGUUUUUGUUACAUGGUCAUUUGAUUUUUUUUUUUUCUUUUUUUUUUCUUUUUUUUUUUCUUUCCCCUCCAGGUCGAUUUCUUGGCAUUACGCCUGAUAACGAUUCCAAUGUCGAAAGGGGGUGGGCGGAAAAAAUCCACCACUUUAAUUCCACCUUUGUGCUAUUUUACGUCAUGUUUUAUUAGCAAUGUUCGUUUCUUCUGAUAUAAUAAAGUGUAACACUGACACUGACCAGCCACAACAUUAUUGACCACUUACACUAUAUAAAAGGCCAAUACGAGUUGUAUCAAAAAGUCUGCCUUUACAACGAUAAUAAUGAAAUGUUCAGUUUUCACACUGAGACAGUAUGUUUGUAUUUUGAGGCAGCACGGCGAGUAUGUCUGCUUCAGUGCAGUUUGCAUAUUCCCACUACUUGCAUGGGUUUUCUUCACGUACUCCGGCUUCCUCCCACAUUCCAAAAACAUACGUUAGGUUCAUUGAAGACUAGAUGGAUGGUUGUAGUUUGCUGUAGUGUAGAACUGCACUGCAUCAUACUGGAAUAUGUUUUUAAUAUUUUGUAUACGUCAUGUAGCUAAAUGACAUAACCAAACUAUAAGAUCGCAGUAUUACGCUCCUAAGCACAAUAAUAAACACAUUGUUCAGUUAAUAACUAAUGAUUUCAAUCAAAGAGCAUUAUCUUCGUAUUGAUACACUUGUCGAUACAGAUCUUGCAAUGGAUCUCAUUCGAUUACGCAGGUGGUUGUAAUGUUGUGGCCAGUCUGUGUAUAUCAGAUGUGAAAGACAGUGAAUGUAGCUUGCGGAGCACAUUUUCAAGCGACCCUGUGGGACUCGGUGGCAUUUAUUUAUUCUCUCUCUCCCUGAAAUAUGAUUGUUCCAUACUAUUUACUUUGUAACCUUUAGAAAUUAAAGUGGCUUUCGCCGAUGCACUAUUUUUAUCAGCGCAAAUGCCAUUAGUGAAACAGAAUGGAAAAAAUGCUUUCUAUAUUCUAAAAUGUGCAGUUUACAUAUGAAUGCUUCAAGGAUUUAAAAGAACAUCUGAGAAAGUAAAAACAAGCCGCCAGUGGCUUUUGCGAUCUGUGUAGCGUAUAUAUGUCAAACAAGAAUUUAAUUAAUUUAGUAGACAGUAAUAAGCCAGGAGCGACGCUUGCGUUACUUCCGCUUUAUCGUAAUUUUAAAUUACAUUGUUAAAAUCAAAAUAAUGUCUCCGGAAAAGGGCACCACGUCACUUUUUACAAGUAUAAACUUUAGGAGAAAUGAUGACAAACCUUUUUAAUCAGUCUCAUACUCUGAAGGUGGCUACGCUCUACGACAUUACGCAAACUCAGGACACACACCAAAUACGACCAAGAGUUUAAUUUUAUAUUUAAUGAAACACACAGCUACAACUACAAAAAGGAAAAAAACACUAAGGGUAAAAAGAAAAUGAAGUGUACGAAAAUGGAAACGAGGACAUCGUGUGUGGUCGCUGAGCUAAAAUAAGUGACCGUUUACUGCGUUGAGUCAGAGCGAGAGAAGACAAAGUUGGGAUUUCGUGUGAAGCUAGUAAUUUCUCCAAAAUUAUUAGGCACUGAUGUUGUACAUCAUAGUAAAGAUUGCAGUGUCGACUCAGAUCAGCUGGUCUUUCGGGGUGGUCUUCCUCCGGACCUCAGGCAGAAAUGAGGCAGUUUUGGUUGAAGAAAAACAAGAUGCACAAAAUAAAAAGAAAUAGGGAAGGAAAGUUGUUGUCCCGUUUGGGGGUACCGCCGCUGGCCGAGCUCUGGCCCUCAGAGGCGUACGGGAUGCCGGUAGUUGCUCGCUAAAGAAAGCGAUCUGAGCCGCAUGGCCGGCUUCUUCGUUCGAAAACGCCGCCGGCUUGGUUGCAGCGGGCGUUCGCGCACGUGGUGGCUCCCGGAGGCGCCCGAGGACAAAGAAGAAAAAAGAAGGGGGAGGGGGUUGCCAGCAAGGUACGAGGAGAGGAGGAACAAGACUAGACAACUCACGGAGGAAAGUGUGAAUUCAUAGUUAAAUACCCCAGAGGCAGGGUGUAGGAAGAGGAAUUACCGACUUGGAGAAGACCACACCCAUCAGCCUGAAUCUUGUCUACAAAUUUGAGUAAAUGGGUUUAAAAUCAUAAUCUAAAACACUCCUAACUUUGUACUCGCAUGCAUAGAAUCAUUAUUUAAACUUUGGUCGUGGCAGAUGGGUUGCUUAUUGUUCAAUACAACAUUUCGUACUGUUUGAUUUCAAAUCAUGAACCGCUUUCAAAAUCUUGCAGAGGACCUGUCGAACUGAGAAUAGUGACACAGACACCAAGGCAUACAUUUGGAAUGUUUCUACAGAGUUUGCAAGAUAUCAAAAGGCAUUUUAUCUGCCGUUAACAAACAGAGGCGCGUCCACGGGUGGCCCCUCCAUGAGCAGGUUUGAAUAUAUCUCCCCCAAACAUGUGGUCCGGGAGGCAGUCUUUUGAAGACGGGAAUCAAGAUUUGAUGGGAAGCUGCUAAUUAGGUUAAGGUCCACUUGACGUACACCAGGCACUGUCCUAGUCGCUGUCUCACAGCAGGGCAGCGUGGAGAAUUGGGUGGUUGCGAGUCUCUGUGGCACCUCGAUUUGCGGCGCGCAUGUCCGCUACAUCUGGUUGUGAUGGAAGUCUGACAAAGAUGCCAGCAUGGUUCAGUCAAAUUUUAAAACGGGUUGGUUCAAACAGUUGAAGCCAAAUGAUUAAAUAGUCAUUGCUGGAUUCACUUGGCUCAAAGUGGUUUUUUUUGUUGUUGAAAGAAACUAAUACAUUUGUAUCAUACACUGGCCAUAAAAUGCCAUUAUAAAGAUAAAGCCAUGGGUAAUUUUGCAUUGCAUUAGCUUAUAAGAUUGAAACUUAUUUUAAACCCUCUUGAACAAAUACCCUCUCUUCAUGAAUGAGCAAAAUAAAAUUUGUGAUAUCUCAUUAUUCGGCCUAAUGAAAGGUCCAAGUGUUUGGUCCAAAUAUUCAUGACGCCUCUGUGGUUUGGUUAAUACUCUUGAGGAUUUAGCGAAUAAAGCAUCACAUAUAUUUAUCGAUUUGUAUCUCACACAGAAGGAACAAAGAGUCCGGCAGGGAUUCUGAUAAGCAUGAAUGUAGAAAAUUGGAUACAAAAAAUAAGCUAUAUUAAUGGAGAUUUUUAAUGUGCCCAUUGAAAAUGCUAUAAAAUCAACAUGGCUAUUGCUUACUAAGUAUAAUGUGGAUGUGUGCGUGAGGGUGGCUGGUGGUUUCUAUGCUCCCUGUUGAGGUCGUUGAGGACGCCAUCCAGGCUGGGUUCUUCGUCAGCGGUGAUGGUUCUGUCUUCUAAUGGAUUUCCUGAAACAAAACAUCACAGUCAUUACACAAAAUAACCGUUGAUGGGCUUAGCAAGUAAAUCCAGCACCACUAUGGGGGGAGAGAAUGUUGUUAUUGGUUACUAUGGCAACCUCUAUUAGCUGACCUAUGCCGUGAGUCAGCCGCAAGUUGUGACUGAGGAAAGACGACGAACUGGACGACUUGUUGGACCGUGACGACGGCGGUGAGGAAAGGGACGUAGCUCUCUUCUGGAUUGCCGUGCUACUCCAGUCUGCAAAAAAGCCAAACCCAGUUAGCUGAGCCAUAAUGAGCAUCUUGUUUUUGUUGUGCGCCUUCUCACUAUUCUGAAAUUCUUUGAAAGUAACCAGGUGAACAACUUGGGAAAAGUGAAAAUGUAUCACCUGAGUUCUCAGCCAGCCUAAUUUUUCCAAAGCAGAGGUAUGUCUGCCACUGCCUCCUCACCACAUCCUUCAUCGCACAGUGGAACACGAAUAUGAAGAAACCUGCAGCAAAGAGGCGUGCAAUAAUGUGGAUGCAUAAUAUCAGCUUGAGUUUCCCCUCACUGACACAAGCUAGUUACACCAAUACAGUCGCACCUUGAGACAAACAAAUUUGAGAUAUGAGCGCUAUAUGGUGGCAGUCAACUCCUUCAUAAGAAGCAGGACUUUGGCAAAUGGGGACCAGUUCUUCAAAGAGGAGACUUCAAGCCAUUUAAAGCCACUUCCCAGUUGGCUUACUGUCAAACAUAAAACUAGAAGAAUUACACAUGUAUUUAAAACAACCGUCUUUAGUCUGUUAGCUUAAUCCUAACACAUAAUGGAAAACACGUAUGUAACCCAACUGAUAGUUGAGCACGAACGGUACAGCAACACAGACAUUCAAUAUAGCAGUACUCGGUCAUAUUUUUUCUCCUCUGUGAGGAGCUGAAAGGCUACAGACUUUCAUGGACAGGAAUUCCGUCUGUUUGUCUUCUACUGCCCUUCGGUGGCAAAAGGGGCACAGCAGCCCAAUGCCCAUUCAAUUGAUGCAGUGACAAAAAGUCCUUCUUUUGAAUUCUAUUUAAUUAUGUCAUUAUGUUUUUAUAAAGUAAAAUACAAUAUUUUAAGAGAGCAAUUUUUCUCAUAAACCUGUGGUGGCAGAGCUUUCUCCAGAGCUGCCCCCUCCCUCUGGAACACACUCCAAAACACAUCCGCGACUGCAUUAAUCUGUCCCUGUUCAACCCUCUCACCAAAUCACAAAUGGCUUUUGUUUAAAUUCUACUUUAUAUAUUGUGCAUUUUUUUUUUUUUUUUUUUUAAUAUCUGUAUUUUGUUGAACUGUUUUUAACCCUGUACUGUGAAGCCUCUUUGAGUUUCUGGAAAAGUGCUUUAUAUAAUAAUAAUGAUGAUCAUUUAAAAAGCAUAUUACAAAAUGUUUUUUGAGCUGAACCAUGUUAAUGGCAAUUCCAUUAAUUUCAAUGGGGAAAGCUCAUGAGAGAUACAAGUGAUUUGAGUUACGAGCCUGGUCACAGAAUGAAUUCAACUCAUAUCCCAAGGCACCGCGGUCGAUACAAGACAUCACAAAUAUUGCAGUCCGAAUUGAAUGAAAUGUCUGUCUCUUAUCCAAACACCAGUCAUUUUAUAUUUUUAUUUUGGUUAAUAGAAAUGCUCUCAGUAUCGGGGUGACGAUCCGAGUCUCACCUUGGAAGGCGUUACAGAUGGCAAAGAGGUACAUGAAUGGCAGGUUGAGGGGCCCCCAGGCAAAAAAGGCAAAGCCCCAGGUGAGGCCGAGCAGGAUUGUAAUGCCCACGACACUGCGCACGUUCUGUCCCGUGGAGCGGUGCUGUGAGUUGUGCGGGUUCUGCCGCUUGAUCAUAUGGAGCUGGACCAGCACCACGACGAACAUGAUGAAGUUGAACAGGAAGAUGACGCAGAAGUAGGCCACCACCGCCACGAAGAAGGCGAUGUCGUUGUUCAGCCAACAGCUGGAGCAGACGUUUGGAAUUUUGUUUUAAUUGGUGAUGCAUUGUGGGAUAUUAGCAUGUGCGUGUAGAGUAAUAUGAGUCAUUUUCAUAUAAUUUGAUCAAUAAUAGUAAAGACGUGGCCCACUAAAUUUCCCUUUGGAAAUCAAUAAGUUUUACUGAUAUGAGUAUUUGACUUAUUGGCAGUUGUUUGUUCAUAAAAAUUUCUAAGGGAAAAAAAAUAGUUACAAAUAAUAUUUCUAUAUACUUUUAAUGCCUAAAUGUCUUUUUGUUUAGGUGUCUGAAAUGAAGUUUUAUGAUUUGCAACAUGUUUUCUGAAUAUGCUAAUUCCAUUUUUGAAUGUAUAGGAUUUUUCUCAGAUUGUUUAAUAUAUGCCUUUUCCAUGAAAAGUAACACAAC